UGCAGUCCAAAAUAGCACAAAAAUGGAGCUCGGCCUGGCAUGCAAGUCACACUGAGAAAAAAUGGUUGACGACGUCCAGGAGUUUACCCUUUUGCGCCGCUCCUCCCUGGCCUCCGGAGUGGGGCAUCUGCUGGUGAAAACAAAGCCGCAAGCUGCCGAGUGCGAGGGCACUGAAAAUCGUGUUGCUGAGGGGGUGGUUGCGACAGAUUUGGUUGGCCACCAUCGGAGCUUCGAUGGACUCCGGAUUAUCCUUGUGUCUAUGGUGACUACAUGCUUGGGGUGGACUGUGUGGCUCUUACUUCUCAAUAUCGCACCAAACAACAUGGUCAAUCGUAUCAUGGACACAAGUAACUUGGAAAGUGGAUCGUUUUGGCAGUUCGUGGAUCUGCCGCUACCAAUUUAUGGGUUAGCCAUCUUCGGUCUCACAAUUAUCGGUCUUGGUUAUUCGUUCGUUCUGAUCAAGCUUAUAUGGAAACGGGCGCACUCGCGGGUUCUGCCUGAAACCGGAGCGCUCGUAAGAAUACAUGCAUUUUCAGCAGGUGUCGUUGAUGCCAUUAGGCGCGUGGCCACGGACAGAACCUCAAGCAGAUCACUUUCCUCUGCGGCAAGCUUGGUCAGUUCACUAGCCUCCAGCGAAAGUAUUGCUCGUAAACGGCUUAACCUCUGCAUGAAACUCGUGGACCUCAUGAUCGAAUUAGUAAUGCUGCUUCAGAUACUCGAAGACGGACUGCCAAUUGUACUCGUCGCUGUCUUUACUGUCAUCGUCGCUGCAAAUGCGGUUUGGUGUGCUUUAGUGAUGCUUCUUCCACUUAAACAAACAGUGCUGGUGGAGAACCUCAUUGAUCUAAUAUUCGACUUAUUGAUUGCAGUCGGAUAUCCCAUGAUCUUAGUAUGCUACUGCCUCUCGGCGUUCAAGUUCGAUCGUGCGAAAUUGAUGAUCAAUCAAGCGGUUUUCCCGCAAGGUUGGCUGGAGCAGUCUGCUAGUACCAUCGCCGAUCCCGUUCAAACUGUUGUGAUUUACAAGACCUUGAAUUCGCUACGUAUCUCCUCUAUAUUCAACUUCUUCACACGAAUGGGUAUCAACAUCACACUGUGGCUCAAAUGUCAACGUCUCAUGAACCUAAUGGAGAAUCCGCGAAGACAGAGCAGCAGCGUGUACCCCAGACAUUGUCGGCUGGCAGCAUCUUCUCUCGUGGCCUUCGCAAUAUUCGUGAUCAUUUACGUAGAAGAAAGCACGAGAACGUCAGCGGUAGCGUGUCAUCCGCACCCUGAGUGCGUCAUAAAUGCCCGGCGCUGGCUUAUGCUGGAUUCACUUACGCAAUGCCCGUGCUUAGCACUCAUCGAUAAUAAUAUCGCACCGAAAACGUAUUCUGAGUGGAUGGAUCCGAAAGAUAUUACUGCCAAGGUCGCGCAUUUGGCAACUAUGGGUCUUCUCCAGAUCGUUCAGCUCACCAAUCGCAAGCUUGAGGUGCUACCAGAAGAACUGCGAGGUUGCACUGAUAUGAGAUACCUGUAAGUUUUUUUGUGACUUCAAUUGGAACAUGCUGACCAUUUUUUACCCGUGUUUUGCCCUAAGAUCACUAGUGUACACCCACACACAAACUUUUCCAGUAUGGAUUCACGAGCUAACACAGCUCGAAUAUUUACGUGUGGAAGGAAAAGCAACAGUUGGUCUAGUUAGCCUCCCUGCUGACAUGUUUGACGAAAUGUCGUCGCUCACAACUUUACAUCUCAGUACGAAUGUGCUUACGCGACUGCCAUCAUUCCACGGGCUCAAGAGUCUCAAGCUUCUUGCUCUCGUGGCCUCCAUGGCGUUAGUGGAACUUCCUCCGUUUGACAGUCUUCACAAGUUAGAACGGCUAAUCAUUGUUAUCGCACCACUUCUCGACAGCCUUCCAGACCUUUCUCCCAUCUAUGAUCUCAAGACUUUUGUCACUAUGGACAGAGGAACGUGGUGCUGUAAUGGUUUUUUAGGCAAGUGUGAUUUACAGAACCCGAUGUGUGGGAUUCAUCCAGUCUGGGGAGUACCGGCAGCUACCUGCUUACCGAUCAACAGAACAGAAAAGAUAGCAUCACGUGGAACGCUCGAUACGAUAACAAAAUUCUCGAUGAGCGUUUGUGGCGGUAUGCAUUUCCUUGCUGACCACCAACCUCCACCAAUUGAGGAAACUAUGGCAUCUUGUGACGGGAUACUAUAUCGUCAAUGUGAGCUCCCAGGCAGUCCAGCAGCAAUUUGCUACAAUGCACGAUUCAUGGGAAUCGCUUGCACGGCUAGUACAUACCCCAUUGAAAUGCGUCGGCGUCAGAUUGCCCAAGGCGUGGGCGAUCCAUGUGAUCCCGAAUAUGAAGCGUGGCUUGGUUGCAAGUGACUUAGCAGGCAACUACUGAUCUUGAGCAAUUAUUGCGCUAAAGCUGCAAUCGCAUUGUAGGCAAUCUUGCCUCUGACGCAGGAAUCGACAGACGUACGCCGGCGAUCUCGCCAAUUUUUGGCUCGAAUAUCAGUUGGCCCACGUGGAUGAAGGAGCCGAAGGUUUCUUUGAGGUAAAGGUACCAACGAUAAUCGUUGAGACGUGCUCGUUGAAAACACACCAAGUCAAAGGUGCAACCGACUUCCUUUGCUCUCGUUGCCAACUUGUCCAUUGUCGCGAUCUUGCGAAAGCCUUCAGCUUCGUAGUUCAUGUCCGGCAACAUGGAAACUAUGUAAUCAAACAAAACGGUAAGAACGGUCGAAAUUUCAGAAUCUUGGCAUGAUUUAGCUUAAGUCUUGGUCUAAUUUAGUCUACUUCAG